AUGUCUUUGAAUAACAAUGUCGAAGAUGGUGACACAGCCAACAGUAGCCACAGUGCUAACGCCCCUGAACCUCUGGUUAGCCCAGAAGUCUUUAACUAUUUCAUGACGGCAGUGAUGGACGUCGUGUGCUCUCUCAUAGCCACGUUCGGCAUCGUCUCCAAUGUCAUCAACAUUGUUGUGUACGGCAGGCAGGGCGUUAGGGAGAGUGUCAACAUAACCUUCAUCGCCCUCUCGCUCUGGGACCUCUGUAACUGUAUGCUGUGUCUUGCCACUGUCGUCUGCUUCAUCAUCAAUGACCACUUCCCCUCAGCCGAGGUGGACGUUCUCGCGGUGCAGUACGUGUACAUUGGCUACACUCGGGGAUGCACAUACGCUCUCUCCACACUCGUCACAGUCUACCUGUCCAUUGAGAGGUGUAUCUGCAUCAUCUUCCCAUUCAAAGUCAAGGACAUUUUCACCAGAGCACGCUCACUUUGCACAAAUCUGGGCAUUCUCUUGUUUGGUGUCGCCUGCUUCUCGCCGGCCUGGGCUAGCCAGGGUUUGCAGUGGCAGAGGGAAGCAACUCUCAAUGUCUCUCGUCUGGUGCUCUGGGUCUCCACCAGCAGACGACAGGUCGAUCUCUUCGUAGACACAUUCAAUGGCGUGGUGCUCCCCACGGUGGCUCAAGUGGUUAUCACUGUUACAUCGGUUAUCAUGAUCUCUGGAGUCAGAGCGUCCUCACAGUUUCGUGCCAGAGCACCAAAAGGAAAGGACAGCGGCAGCUCUACCAUGGGAUCCGUUGUUGGGGGCCCGGGCAGCUCUACAAGGGCAGUUGGGGGCCCCGCACCACGACAAGGGCCCCAGAGGACAGUGGCUGGACCAACAGAGCAGACCCUACCAAACAAGGACGGAAAGGUGGCCAAAGUAGUCGUUCUGGUGGCCGUGAUCUUCUUCAUGUGCAACUUGCCCGUGCUACUGGUAGCUUACACCCGCCCCUUCGUCCCGGACAUGGACGUGGGAAAGGCGUACUACAGCCUGUACCUCAUGGUCUACACUGUAGUCUACGUCUCGGGGCUGGUCAAUGCGAGUGUCAACAUCUUUGUUUAUUAUUUUGUCAGCAGUAAAUUCAGAUCAACUUUUAUGGACACGUUUUGUAGCUGGGGCCCUUUCUGCAGGCGCUAG